AAAUAAUGAGCUCGACCGCCGACGGAAGCAGCUCGCGGUCGGCUCUCAGUCUACUCUCCGUCGCGUCGUCGACAGGCGCCGCGGCAGCAGCGGCCAGCGUCCGUCGGGAGACAGAGAUUUCCUCUUGGCGGGGGCCGAAUCCAAUCCGGAGUUUCCAACACAUAAGUAGUUUGCUAACAUGAAGACAAGCAUCCAGUAGACUUUGCACCAUUUGAGUCACAAUGGAGAUAUCUUUUCUCAUGUUGUUGGUUCUCUCUCUGCUUCUGUUUCCUAAUGGCAUCUGCAAGGGUUUAGCUGCGAGGCCUCCUGUUGUGAAUAUUGGGUCUAUUCUUCAAUUUAACUCCACCACUGGAGGUGUUGCCGCGGUUGCCAUCCAUGCAGCCUUGGAAGAUAUCAACUCUGAUCCAACAGUUCUAAAUGGAACUACACUAAAGGUUCAAAUCAAGGAUACAAAUUGCUUUGAUGGUUUCCUUGGCAUGGUUCAAGCUUUGCAGUUCAUGGAGACUGAUGUUGUUGCACUCAUUGGCCCUCAGUGCUCUACAAUUUCUCAUAUCAUUUCAUAUGUAGCAAAUGAGCUUCGAGUCCCUUUGAUGUCCUUUGCUUCUGAUGCAACUCUUUCAUCGAUACAAUUCCCGUUCUUUGUCAGGACUGGUCCCAAUGACCUCUAUCAAAUGGCGGCUGUGGCAGAAGUUGUUGACUACAACCACUGGAAGAUUGUGACUGCCAUAUACAUUGACAAUGUUUAUGGUCGAAAUGGCAUUGCUGCUUUGGAUGAUGCACUUGCUUUAAAGCGCUGCAAAAUCUCCUACAAAGUUGGGUUUCCUUCCAAUGCUAAAAGAAGUGAGCUCAUAAAUUUGUUGGUUAGUGUCAGUUAUAUGGAGUCUCGUGUUAUCAUUCUCCAUACUGGAGCUGAACCUGGACUCAAGCUUUUCUCUAUGGUAAAACAACUGAACAUGAUGGGCAACGGCUAUGUGUGGAUUGCAACUGACUGGCUGUCUGCAUAUCUUGAUGCUAAUUCAUCAGUUCCUGCUGAGACUAUAUCUGGCCUGCAAGGUGUUCUUACUUUACGGCCACAUAUCCCCAACUCAAAGAUGAAGAGUAAUUUGGUCUCCAAAUGGAACAAGCAAAGUAAAAAGUCCAACUAUAGUGAUCUUCGUGUAAAUACUUACGGUUUUUAUGUUUAUGAUAGUGUCUGGGCAGUAGCUCGGGCUCUGGAUGCCUUCUUUGAUGAUGGUGGUCGGAUUUCCUUUUCAAAUGACUCGAUGUUGCAUGAUGAAACUGGAGGAACUCUUCACCUUGAAGCAAUGAGCAUUUCUGACAUGGGAAAUAAAUUAUUGGAGAAGAUUAGAAAGGUAAACUUCACUGGGGUGUCUGGGCAAGUGCAAUUCGAUGCUGGAGGCAACCUAAUUCAUCCUGCAUAUGACAUCAUAAACAUCAUCGGAAAUGGCAUGCGGACCAUUGGUUUUUGGUCAAAUUAUUCUGGCUUGUUGUCGACUGUCUCUCCAGAGGCUCUAUAUUCAAAGCCUCCUAAUAUUUCUCUCGCUGAUCAGCAUCUCUAUGAUGUUAUUUGGCCUGGGGAGACUGCACAGAGGCCUCGAGGAUGGGUUUUUCCUUCUAAUGCCAAGCAGUUGAAAAUUGGUGUUCCCAACAGAUUUAGUUUCAAAGAGUUUGUCACGAAAGACAAUUCUACUGGGUCAAUGAAGGGUUAUUGCAUCGAUGUCUUUACUCAGGCAUUGGCUUUGCUUCCUUAUCCUGUUAGUUACAAGUUUGUACCUUUUGGGAAUGGUACUGAAAAUCCUAAUUAUGACAAACUCGUACAGAUGAUUGAAUCAAAUGAAUUCGAUGCCGCUAUAGGGGAUAUCGCAAUUACAAUGAGGCGGACAGUAACUUUAGAUUUCACCCAGCCAUUCAUUGAAACAGGCUUAGUUAUCUUGGCUCCGGUUAAACAGCAUAUAACAUCGUCCUGGGCAUUCUUGCAGCCAUUUACUUUGCAGAUGUGGUGUGUUACAGGGUCGUACUUCCUUAUUGUGGGUGUGGUUGUUUGGGUUCUUGAACAUCGGAUCAAUGAUGAUUUCCGUGGUUCAGUACGUCAACAAAUAAUAACUAUUUUCUGGUUCAGCUUUUCGACGUUGUUCUUUGCACACAGAGAAAAUACUAUGAGCAGCUCAGGGCGUGGUGUCCUGAUCAUAUGGCUGUUUGUUGUUUUGAUAAUUGUAUCCAGCUACACCGCGAGUCUUACUUCCAUCCUGACCGUGCAACAACUUGAUACUUCUAUAAAAGGAAUCGAUGACCUGAAAAGUAGCAAUGAUCCUAUUGGUUUCCAAGUUGGUUCUUUUGCACAAGACUACAUGGUCAAGGAGCUCAACAUCUCACGUUCAAGGCUGAGAGCUCUCAGUUCACCACAAGAAUACGCUGAAGCCCUCAAGCUAGGCCCUAAGGAAGGAGGUGUUAUGGCCAUUGUUGACGAGCGCCCCUAUGUUGAACUGUUUUUGUCAACCUACUGCAAGAUUGCGGUAGCUGGCACAGAUUUCACCAGCAGAGGAUGGGGCUUUGCAUUUCCAAGGGACUCCCCUUUGCAAGUAGACCUCUCCACCGCAAUCCUGUCAUUGUCAGAGAAUGGGGAACUGCAGCGAAUCCAUGACAAGUGGCUCAAGACAGGGGAGUGCGCAACUGACAACAGCGAGUUCGUUGACUCGGACCAGCUCCGCCUUGAGAGCUUCCUUGGUCUGUUCCUAAUCUGUGGCGUUGCAUGCAUCCUCGCGUUGCUAAUCUACUUUGGUAUCAUGCUACGCAAAUACCUGAGGCAUGACCAGAGGAAGAGCCUGAGAAGAUUCAUCUCAUUCGUCCAUGGCAAGGAUCCGCCGAAGAACAACGAGAGGCGGUCCAUGAGCCUGCUUGGAAGCUCGACGCCGGCAACGCCGAUGAGCAGCCUUACUACCCUUGAGAUAGAAAGGCCGGCCAGGGAAGUCAGAAAUGGCAGCGUUAUUGAAAUGGAAAGCUAGUUCAUGUGUACAAAGCUAGUUUGUGCGUUAUCUCUCAAGGCAGCUGGGUAACUGUUUUGUGUGAAGCAACAAUACGGCCGACUAACCUAGGUCCCGGUAACCUAGGUUGGAAAGCCAAACACCAGGGAUGUAUAGAGGGGUUUCAAAUACUUCUUAAAGGAAGGAUUGAUAAUAAAAAUUAAAAAUAUCGAAA